UCUUACAGUGCGUUGAAGUGGAAUCCCCGGCCCCGGGGCAGGGGCAAGAAGACAGGCUCUGUUGGCAUGGGCAUGAAAAGGCGUAGGCUGUAGAACAGAACCUUCUGGUUGUGACUUAAGGGAAAGAGGCAAAGCACCAUGGAUAAACGAGGCGCCCAGCCCUCCACUAGCACUAACCCUUCGGGUCGAGGCUUGAAAGCCCCUGCAAUGCCUCCACAGCCCUCCUCGACCACUACGGGCCAGGCGAAGAGGGAGAGAGAGAGAGAGCGAAGGCCCAGCAUGUUUGAGAAGGAGUCUUAUGCACAAAUCUUACGGGACAGACUGAGAGAUUCUAUACAUGAUGUUCUGUAUGUUGAACCUCCAUUUGAUGAGUCUAUUGCUGAUAUAGGUAAAGACCAAUGGAAGACCAUGGGAAAAGUAAAAUAUGCAAACACAUAUAGAAUGGCACCGUACAGGAAAUUCCAAGCUCAGACAGUACAAAAGAAAGUUCAACAGAUACUAACGGACAAGCUUGAGAAAGUCAAGUAUGAUGAAGAAACAUUUUCUUCCUUGUCACUUGAACUGGCAGAUCGUAUAUUAGUAGCCGUCAAAGAAUUUGGUUUCUCUCGAUAUAAAUUCAUUAUAAAAAUAAUACUCAUUCAAAAAACUGGUCAGUCAAUAAAUGUUUCUAGCAGAUGGAUCUGGGAUGUUGCUUGGGACACCUGGCUAGAGGCUAAACAUGAAACCGAAACUUAUAUUGCAUUGGCCUUAGUAUAUGCACUUUAUUGUGAAUAGCUUAUCAUACCUACUAUGUUUAUGACAUUUAUUGAUUAAAUAAAUGAAUUGUAUAUGUA